CUCGUGUUUCACAUUUACCUAUUUAUAUGGGUCUCCUAAAUUAUUGUUUUACAUAUAUAAAUAGCAACCUACUAUUAGAUCCCAUGCACGUCUUCUUCUUUGUGUAAUUUUGCUUACACACCCUUUUCAUAUUCAGUUCAAGACCCCAUAUUUAUCCUCUAUGGAGCAAAAUGGAUACUGAUCAUUUAUAUGGUCUCUUGUAUCCGUUGGAAAGAAUAAUUAUUCUGGGGCUUGAACUGUGAGGGGAAAAAUAUUUAUCAAGAUGACCUCGGUGGGUAACUAUACCACUGAUGGAACAAAUGGACAUUCCAAUAUCUUUCAGCAUAAAAAAUGUGAUGCCUAUUUACUUAUCCAUCUGGAAACAUUUCUUGGCGAAGGCUUUCGAACUUUCUUAUACUUUUUGGGUCUUGCCUAUUGUUUUAUUGGAUUGUCAGCUAUAACUGCUCGGUUUUUCCGGUCCAUGGAAAAUGUAGUUAUGCAUAGUCGAACUGUGGAGACGACAGAUCCUCUCACAAACACGAAAAUUGUCAAAAAUGAAAAGGUGUGGAAUUACACAAUUGCAGACAUCACUCUACUGGCAUUUGGGACUAGCUUUCCACAGAUCUCAUUAGCUACAAUUGAUGCAAUACGAAAUAUUGGAGAUAAAUAUGCUGGAGGUUUAGGUCCGGGAACCCUUGUUGGUUCUGCUGCUUUUGAUCUUUUUCCAAUACACGCUGUUUGCGUGAUGGUUCCUAAAGCUGGAGAAUUGAAGAAGAUAUCAGAUAUUGGAGUCUGGCUUGUUGAGCUCUUUUGGUCUUUUUGGGCCUACAUCUGGCUUUACAUAAUUUUAGAGGUGUGGACUCCAAAGGUUAUAACUCUGUGGGAGUCUAUCUUAACAGUGUUGCAAUUUGGGCUAUUGCUGAUACAUGCCUAUGCACAGGACAAGCGUUGGCCCUAUUUUUCCCUUCCUUUAGAAAGAGCUGAGAGGCCAGAGGAGUGGGUGCCUGCUGAGGUGGCUAAAUAUAGGCCUCUUGACAAGGUUCAUGUAACAGGUCAUUUUUAUCAAAAUUUAGCAGAUGAAGAUGUCACUGAAUCGUCCACGCUGCAUAGUGACAAUAUCAUUCCUGAAGAAUCUGAUAUUCUCUCAAUUUGGAAGCAUCAAUUUGUUGAUGCUCUCAUGUUGGAAAGUGCGGAAUCCAGAAAAUUGAAUAAUAUAUACCUAUGCCUUGCAAGAACUUCUUGGCGGUCACUUCUUCUUCCGUGGAAGCUUCUUUUCGCAUUUGUGCCACCAUAUCAGAUUGCCCAUGGGUGGAUUGCUUUCAUUUGCUCUUUGAUAUUCAUCAGCGGAAUAGCUUAUGUCGUGACGAAACUCACAGAUUUGAUAAGCUGUGUUACAGGAAUAAAUCCAUAUGUGAUUGCAUUCACGGCUUUGGCAAGCGGAACCUCAUGGCCUGAUCUCGUGGCCAGCAAAAUUGCUGCAGAACGACAGCUUACAGCCGACUCUGCCAUUGCUAACAUUACCUGCAGCAAUUCGGUGAACAUCUAUAUAGGCAUUGGCGUACCCUGGUUCAUUGAUACACUGUACAACUACAUUGCAUACAAGGAGCCACUGCGAAUAAACAAUGCAGAUGGACUAAGUUUCUCUUUGCUUGUUUUCUUCUCCACUUCUGUGGCCUGCAUCGGCGUUUUGGUGUUAAGGCGACUUACUAUCGGUGCUGAGCUUGGUGGGCCUAGACUUUGGGCCUGGGUGACUUGCAUAUACUUCAUGUUGUUGUGGCUUAUAUUUGUUGUGCUAUCUUCUCUCAGAGUUUCUGGGAUCAUAUAACUAUCUCAGUCCAAAUCAGUUUUGGUUUUAGUUCGUGGUCCCUCAUACAUAUAGUUAUGUACCCAUACACACUUGAGCACUUUGGAAAAGGGUAACUUUUUAUACUCAUUGUACAGAUCGAUGGAUAU